AUGUUCAGAAUUAUCUUCACCGUGAUUCUCACGCCUGCGGAGCAUGGUUCUAGCAGCCGCGUUGGCUCGGCUUUUGGCCAGACGGCGCACAUAGCGCUUGCAAGCACAGUGCAGAAUGUGGCAAUUUUAGCUGGGCUUGCAAAGAUUGUCUCACCAGGUGUCGCUGGUUUCUGCAUAUUCGCUGCCAUUGCGACUGUAUUUGACUUUUUCUACUUGUCCACAUUCUUUCUCUCUGUUCUGAGUGUUGAUGUGCGGAGGAUCGAGCUUGAAGAUGAGCUGUCGAAAGCCAGCACACUGAGGCACAACCACACCUUUUGUGAGAUGAGAGAACGGCCGUCGUGGAUCUCUAACAUUCUAAAAGGUAGAGUCGCACUAUCUACCCGGAUCGCAGGCACAAUUGUCAUGAUUGGGUUUGUAAUCAUUGCCCAAUGGCACUUCUUUGGAGAUGUCGGCAUAUUGGAACCUGCGAAGCGGCUGUUUGGCGCUUCGAUGUGGCAAUUGUCGGAUGCUACUGAAACUGUAUCACCACCUGAAGAGAUACAUCAAGCAAGAUCCCCUGGUUCAUGGUUGCGUCUUCAAGAUCACGAGACUGCUCAGGAGGUCAUCAACGCCAUCAAACCAUCCGCGUUCAGUUACACGGCUCAAGUGUAUGAUCCUCUAGUUUUCGUGCUCAAAGAUUCGAACCGAACGCCCCCACAGCAAAAGCAGAGACUUCUACCAGCGGCAUAUGACUUCGUUAAUCACCAGCUAGCUGAAUUUAUCAUUUCGAUAGUUCUGGUCGGUGCUGGUCUUCGAUUGCUCGCAAGCUAUCUGCUUUUAGCAGAUGAGGAGACGAGUGAUAAGCUUUCCGGCUUUGACGAGAGCUCGACUUUAUCCGUCAAAACCCUAUCUGGAGGCCACGUCCUCGAUGUUGCCAUGAUUGCCGCGUCAUCAGAUGGGCAAAUUGUCUCUGCAGGACUGGAUCGAACCAUACGAGUAUGGGACAUUCGUUCGCAUGGCACAAGUUAUGAGCUGCCUGGCGCAAAAUUACUGGACGGACGAGGGCUAUUUCCUAUAUUAGGGAUUGCAGUGGAUGCAGAUUCAAAAUGGCUGGCUAUUAUGUCAGUGACUCAAAUCCGACUGUGGAAUCUGACGGAGUAUGCUUGGAGCGAGCCUAUUGCAAUGGGCUCUGGCAGCCAUAACCCAGAGGUAUUCUGCUUCCACCCAAGGUCAACGCAGAAGACCCCUAGGCUCGUUAUUGUGAGGAAGGAUGGGACAUUGACAGAUGUGUCGGUGAUUGGUGAUGACCGCCGGCACGAGGCGGGUGUCUGUCACGGCCAGCUGCUCACAGCUCGUUCCCUCACAUACAAGGCAGAAUCGAACCUUGGACGAGCAAUCCAAAUCCUAUCGCUUUCUCGAAACGGAGAAGCCUUCAUAUCGAGAGAGAUGGAAACAGGAUGGAGAUGUGAGGGCCUCGCAUUAAAUGCCGUGAAUGAUACGACGCUGCAUCAGGUAGUGCCACUCUCCCCGCAUCCUUUAUUCCUCGUUGGAUCUAUCAGCUCUGUAUAUCUAGUCAGCGCUCAUGACGGCGUGGUGCAGCACAUGUUUGCCACAGAGCCCAUGGUUUCGCGAUCCAUUCAGUGCGAAUAUUCGGAUACCCGAUAUAAUGUACCGGCUUCCGGAAUCGGAUAUAGUGCUUUUACGAUAGCAUAUACUGCAGCAAGCACCGAAGAGUGUAUUGUGACCAGCUACCACCCCGCCGAGGGAAGCGAGGCGAUCGCUGCAUGCGCACCAUCGGGAGGUGCCGGCGGAGGAUGGUGUACAUGGGAAGAGGCAAUAGAGAUGAAGAAACGAAUCAAGGAACCAGGCACAUGGAGGAUUGUCAAGGGGAAAAGUGUGAUUGGAGUGCGACAGGAACCAAACGCGCCUCGCAGUACCGGGCCCAGGGUCUUUCGUAGACGAUCUGCUGUCCCGCGUGGGAAUACUGGAGCACCUACAAAGUGGCAGGCUUGGACAGUUGCUACCGAUGGCUAUCCUGAGGCGGACGAUGUUCGGUCGCUGUUCCCGGAUGGGCCGGGCUCAGAAGAGCUCUUGGUUGUUCCCGGAUUAGGACCAAGAGCCAAAAUUGGUGUUCGUUCCGUUGCGUUUUCUCUCGGCAAUGUCAUCAAGGUAGUAUCGGCAGGCGGUCCAGAGCGAUAUAGCGUCGAUGACGAUUCAGCUGUAGAACCCCUGUUGGCAAAGGAUAACCGACGCGGGCGACAUGGCGGUAUUGUACGAGGGAAAGGUUAG